AUAUCCAAUGAUGCGGUAUGUGGAUGAAGAGCACGUUGCCAUCAAACCCAUGUCAAAGGAGUUUUAUGAAAUUAUCGAUGCUAUCUUGAAUUCUGAGUACUACACUUCAGACCCUGAUGAAGCAUGUCUUUUCAUUCCGCCCAUUGAUACCUUAAAUGAAAAUAACCUGAGGAAAGAUGAGAUUGCUAAAGCUUUAGCAAUGCUACCACACUGGUCUGAAGGAGAAAACCACCUUCUUUUCAACAUGUUGCCUGGAACGCCACCAGAAUUUGACACAACCUUAAACUUGGCUCGUGGCAAAGCUAUUGUGGGUGGGGGUGGAUUCUCUUCCUUGACGUACCGCAGGGGUUACGAUGUUUCUCUCCCGGUAUAUAAUCCAGCUCAUCAAAAUACACCUUUGAAAAGAAAACCUCUUGGAAAACGCCAGUGGUUGAUGGUAUCAUCUCAGCCCAACAUUCACCGAGACUACCGGGAAGACUUAGAAGCCCAGCUGUUGGAAAAACACACAGAUGAGAAAGAUCUCCUUAUUCUUGACAAGUGUGCUCCAUACUCCAAUCUGACAGUACGAUGUAGAGGAUCUGAUAUGUAUCAGUAUCCUCAAAUAUUAAGUGACGCAAAAUUCUGUCUUGUAAUCCGUGGUGGUCGUCUUGGACAAACCACUCUAUAUGAUGCUAUGCAAGCUGGAUGUGUGCCUGUAAUCAUAGCAGAUUCAUAUGUCCUACCAUUUUCUGAGGUAAGUUAAUGGAAAGAGGCAGCAGUGCAGAUAUAUGAGGAAGAUCUGCCUACUGUAAUGCAAACCAUCAAAACUGAGAUUUCUGAGGAGCGGUUAGAAGAAAUGCACAAACAGGUUCUUUGGUUGUAUGAAAAAUAUUUUUCAACAAUGGAAGCAAUUACACUCACAACUCUGAAGAUCCUGAAUGAUCGAGUCUUCCCAGCACAUGCCCGUUCAUUAGAACAAUGGAACAGACGUCCCAUACCAACAGCAGUGAGCAACCCGCUCUUCCUCCCAAUCACUGCACCUGUGAAUGAAGGAUUCACUGCAGUUAUUCUCACUUAUGAUCGUUUAGAGUCGCUAUUUCAGGUUAUCCAGACAAUGGUACAGGUGCCAUCACUGUCAAAGGUGUUAGUAGUUUGGAAUAAUCAAAAGAAACCACCACCUCAGGCAUCAAUGUGGCCCAAGAUCAGUGUCCCACUCAAAGUUGUACAAACAAGAGAGAACAAAUUAAGUAAUCGUUUUUACCCAUAUGAAGAAAUUGAAACUGAAUGUAUUCUUGCUAUCGAUGAUGACAUAAAUAUGAUGACUGCAGAUGAGUUGGAAUUUGGAUACCAGGUCUGGCGUGAGUUUCCAGAUAGAAUUGUUGGCUUUCCUCCACGGAAUGUUUUGUGGAGUAAUGACACCAGAAGUUGGAAGUAUGACUCGGAAUGGACAAAUGAGGUUUCCAUGGUGCUGACGGGGGUAGCAUUCUACCACAAGUAUUGGUCAUACGUUUAUACCACACAACUCCCUGGUAACAUCAAGGAGUGGGUUGAUGCCAAUAUGAACUGUGAAGAUAUUGCCAUGAACUUCCUUGUUUCAAAUCUCACAGGCAAAGCUCCAAUAAAGGUGACCCCGAGAAAGAAGUUCAAGUGCGGGGAAUGCACAAGUGGAGAUCUUUCUGCCAAUGAAGCUCAUAUGGUCGAGCGCUCACAGUGCGUCAGUCACUUCACACAUGAGUUUGGGACAAUGCCCCUGAAGACUGUGGAGUUCAGAGCAGAUCCUGUUCUGUACAUGGACAAUUUUCCGGAGAAGUUAAAGCUUUACAACAACAUGGGAAGCCUUUGAAUAGAAAGAGUAGAGUUGUAGGUUUGUAGAGUAGAAAAUUAUAUUGUGGAUAUUUUACUGAAAAGAAUAGGCCUGUCAGUUAUUGUACAACUUCGUUUAUCUGAAACUAAACUGAUGAAUAAUGACCAUUAUUCGGAAGACUUGGCCAUUUAGAAUAUUUUUUAAGAAGAAAUAUUUAGUCAUUAAUCUACGAAUAUUUAGAUAAUAAUUGACAUUAUGCUUUAUAUAAGUGUUCAAACUUGUGUAAAUGUUGCUUGUUAGGAAUAACUAGCUUAGGUAAUGAAUAUGUCUUGCUGCUCGUUUAUGAAAAUUGUUUUAUAUUCAGUUAUAUAGAUGUAUGAUUUUUUGUCAUUUGUGCAAUAAAAUGAUAUUUUUUAUUUUUUAUUUUCUA